AUCUUGUCUCCAUCCAACCAUCCUGUCUCCGGCCUUCACGUCCUCUGCAUCGACAGACCAACACCGACGUGCAUCGGUCUGAAUCGCCUGCCUCAUCCCUCCCCUUCCUCGUCAGCCCGGGCUAGCCCUGUCGACUCCGCCAUGAGCCAGAGCACCUCCAACUCGACCAGGUUCUCGCUGCAGACCAAAAAAGACUGGCGCGGCGAAUUCCGACAGCUGCUCCGGAGAGAGUACUACAUCACGAGACGCGAACCCGCCAGCUUCGUCUCGUCCUUUAUCCUCUCGCUCUACUUUGUGUUUCUGCUCUUUAUCCUCAAAAAGUCGUUGCAAGUUCUCCCCGGUGAUCCCGUCCCAACACCCCUGCCGUUUUUGACGUCCAUAUGCGACGCAUCCAGUCCCAACUGCGUCCACAUCGGAUACACCAACAGCACGCCCGUUGGCCCCCUGAUCAGCCAGUUGUCGGCGCUUCUCUCCCAGUCCGAGCCCUCCCAGACCGUCAUUCGCAACUUCAAUUCGCCCCAGGACAUGAACAACUACAAACAGAGCUAUCCCUCGCAGCUGGUCGUCGGCAUCGAGUUCACCAAUGUCUCGGGGGUCAUCCAGCCGCCACCUGCCGUACCACUCGCAGCUACUCCUCUUGCCACCUACGUCAUCAACGUCAACGAAACCUCCCUGACGACAUCCAACUUUGUCAGCGGCAUGUUUGUCACGGCCCAGUCGUAUGUGGAGUACGCCCUCAUCAACACCUACCGCAACAACCGCAAUCUGCCGCUGCUUCGGUCUCCUUUGGCGUACACGGCAACCAACGGCAUCUACACAGCCAAGGCGAUCGGCUCGGCCACGGGUGGCCUGCAGUACACGCUCUCGUUCAUCACCAUCUUCAUGUUCCAGAAGCCUCUCGAGUCGCUGCUGCUCCGCAUCACCUUUGAGCGAACAAAGGACAUCAAGUCCGGACUCAUUAUGAUCGGCAUGAACCCUAUUGUGUACCACUUUUCGUUGAUCGCUUCCGUCUUUGUGAUGCAAUUGCCCAUCUUCGUCAUCGUCGGCGUCCUGUUCUUUGUCCUCAAGGUUUUCACGCUGACGUCGCCCCUGGUCUUUGCGGUGCUGCUGAUCCUCUACCUGCUGCUGAUGCUCAACCUGGCCGCCGUUGUCGCCUUGGCUGUUCCAAAGCACACCAUGUCUGUGCUGGUCUCGUUCCUCGUCGACUUCCUCUCCCUGGCCAUGCUUGGUCUCGGCAUGGUCUUUUUCUGGGACAAGCCCGGCCUCGAAUACGCCGAGUAUCUCGCCUUGUUCUUCUUCCCGCUUGUCUCCAUCGGCCGCGCCACUGGAUUGAUGGCCCAGAGUGAAGACACGCUCGUUGGCAUCUCGUUCAACGGCAGCCUUCCUGCGGGGCUCCAGCGCGUCCUGAUCAUGAUGGUCGUCGACAUUGUCGUCUAUGGCAUCCUUGGUCUCUACCUGAGUUUGGUCUUUGUCGCCCCUGACCAACAGGGCCUUGAGCCCCUCUUUUUCCUCAAGCAAAGCUACUGGUUCCCGAACAAGACACGGAUCUUGCGCUCUGUCGAUCCCCUCAAGGCCGCAACAACAGCGUCGCUGCAAGACCCUGACAACUUUGAACCCGUCGACGUUUCCUAUCUCCCUGUAUCAGACCUGAGCCAGAUCCAGAUCCUUGGCAUCAGCCAGGUUUUCAAGAAGCGCAAGAGCGGCAGCUCCGAUGAGGAGCUCAAGGCAAAGAGCCAGCCCCGCAGAGGACUUAUCUCGAGCCUCCUCCAGGCCAGGGUGAAGGCCGAGCCGUUCACUGCCGUUGACAACGUGUCGCUGAACAUGCAUGGCGGACAGAUUGUGGCACUUCUGGGCCACAACGGUGCCGGAAAAUCGACCCUCAUCAAUAUGAUCAUGGGCAGCCUGCGACCGACCCGAGGAGACAUCCUGGUUGCCGCCCCCUCCAGAACCACCCUCCAGAACGCCGAAGCCGCCAAGGCUGUCGAAUAUCUCUCCGUUCUCGACACCCACUCGCUCGAAGAGAUCCGGUCCCGCAUUGGCGUCUGUCACCAGUUCGACAUGCUCUAUCCCGUCAUGACCCCGCGCGAACACAUUGAGUUGGUCCUCGCCAUCAAGGGUGUGGUCCUGGCUCCCGGCCAGAACGGCAACGGCACCAUCACCGAAUACAUCGAAGCGCUGCUCAAGGAUGUUGGGCUCGACGGCAAGUUUGAUCAGUGGUGCCAGGAGCUCUCUGGCGGCCAGAAGCGCAAGCUCAGCGUGGCUAUGGCCCUCGCAGGCAACCCCAAGUUGGUGCUUCUUGACGAGCCCACCACCGGCAUGGAUGUGCACAGCACCCAGGAGAUCUGGCGAUUCAUCCAAGCGCUCAAGCCCGGUCGAGUUAUUUUGCUCACUACCCACAUGAUGGACGAAGCCGAGGUGCUCGGCGACCAGAUUGUCGUCGUCAACAAGGGCAAGAUGCAGGUCUCUGGCACAUCCAUGUUCCUGAAAUCCAAGUUUGGUAUCGGAUACCACCUUCUGAUCGAGCGAUCGCGCCAAGCGCAUGACGGCCACAGCGACGUCAACGGCGAGGAUGAAGCUAUCCUCAAGUUGAUUCAAACCAUUGUCCCCGAGGCCGCCAUCGAGCAGAACACCCAGUCGUCGUUGACCAUUCUGCUGCCCUUUGCCAAGAUCACGACUGCAGAAGCUGAGCCUGGUUCUGAGCCGACCACCUCGCAGGCAGCCCCGUCGAUUCAAAACGACGAGGUGAUGCUGUCGCAGCUCUUUACCACCCUCCGAUCGCACUUUGCCCGGAUCCAAGCCAGCCCCGAGUCCAAAUCAACCGUGCAUUCCGUUGGCCUGAGCCAGACCACGCUUGAUGAGGUGUUCCUGAAACUCAAGGACGAUGCCAAGUAGCGAUCCAACCAGAUUGCCAAAGGCCCUCACCACAAGCGAGCCGUCGAUUACAGGCUGUGCUGCCUGUGGCUGCAGUCAGACGCAGUAAAUCAGCGCCCAUAUCGCCUCAUAUGCUCGAGGGGUCAAUCUGUUCACGGCGGCGUGCGAUAUUCAACACA